CCAAGACUAUGGCUCACCCUCCGUAAGUCAAUUUUCAAGAUUGACAACCAAUUUUCUUAAAUAUAGAUAGGUACCAACUAUACUUAGGUGUUAUAAUAACAUUUUAAUCAUUUGUAUGGACUGGACUACAGCGGUAAUUUGGUACAGAUAAAUAUGUAUUAUUUAAAGGUGAGUGAAACCCCUCCCAAACACGACAAUCAUAAUAACAAUAUACCCACUCGAAGACAGCCUUCAGUAUUUAUGUUCUCUCCUUAAAUCGUACUACAUUAGUGUCUAAAAACUACACACAGCAGUGUCGAUUUAUCUCUGUAGCGUGCUUGUUGUACUUCUCGCAAACCAUCGCCAACCAUGUUCACCGCCAAUUGGUGGUUAAACGUCAUUACACCGUGUACGAUAUUUUUUACGAUCGCCUAUUAUUUCUGCGUAUCGACCUUUAAGAAAUGGGAAGAGCUCAACGUGCCUUACAUUAAACCGAUUCCGUUGUUUGGAAACUUUUUUUAUGCAAUUUUGGGAAAGGAACAUCAUUUGGAAUUUUACGACAAAAUCUAUCACAAGUUCGCAGGUAACAAAUAUGCAGGACUGUACCAGAUGAGGACGCCUUAUCUAAUGAUUAUCGAUCCAGAAAUAAUCAACGACGUGCUGAUAAAAGACUUCUCGUCUUUCCCCAACCGUGGUUUUUACUCGGAUUUCAAGGCCAAUCCGUUGUCGAACAACCUGUUCCUCAUGGAAAAUCCUCAAUGGAAAAUAAUUAGGAACAAAUUGACACCCGCUUUCACGUCGGGAAAGCUCAAGGUAAUGUACGAUCAGAUCAAAGAGUGCGGCGAAGAAUUGAUGAAAAACAUAGAUAUUGAUUUAAAUAAAAACAGCAACGAAAUAGAAGUACGGGACAUCAUGGGAAAGUAUUCGACUGACGUAAUCGGAACUUGCGCUUUUGGGCUCAAGUUGAACUCUAUAAACGAUGACGAAUCCCCAUUUCGUAAAUAUGGCAAAACAAUAUUCGCACCUUCACUUAGAAUGGUCUUCAAAGAACUGUGUGUGAUGAUAAGUCCUGCACUUUUGAAAGUCGUAAAAGUGAAAGAUUUGCCAAAGGCCUCGAGUGACUUUUUCCACGCGGCGUUUAAAGAAACGAUGACGUAUAGACUUGAAAAUAAAAUAGUCAGAAAUGACUUCGUUCAUUGUUUAAUGCAAGCCAGAAAUGAUUUAGUUUUGAACACAGAUUUACCUAAACAUGAAAAAUUUACUGAAUCACAAAUCGUAGCAAAUGCUUUUAUAAUGUUUGCUGCUGGUUUUGAAACUGUAUCUUCUGCUGUAAGUUAUUCUUUGUAUGAAUUAGCAUUAAAUAAUUCUAUUCAAGACAGAGUACGUGAAGAGAUUCAACUAAAACUGUCGAAAAAUGAUGGACAAAUUAAUCAUGAAUUUUUGAUGGAACUUCAUUACUUGGAUAUGGUUAUUGCCGAAACACUCCGCAAGUAUCCUCCACUGAUUUUUUUGUCAAGAAAAGCAUCACAAAAAUAUCGAUUACCCAACGAUUCACUAAUAAUUGAAAAGGACCAACAAAUAAUAAUUCCAGUUUAUGCAAUUCAUCACGACAGUAAGUAUUACCCGGAGCCUGAAAAGUUUAUUCCUGAAAGAUUUUCUGUUGAAGAAAAGGCUAAACGGCCAAAUGGUACUUAUCUGCCAUUUGGUGACGGACCUCGAAUUUGUAUAGGAAAACGUUUCGCAGAGAUGGAAAUGAAAUUGGCUUUGGUUGAAAUGCUAACCAAAUUUGAAGUAAUUCCAUGCGAGAAAACAGAAAUUCCUUUAAAAUAUUCUAAUAAAACUUUCACAUUGAUGCCAGAACACGGCAUUUGGUUAACAUUUAAAAGGAUUAAUUAAUGAAAGAUUAUAAUAGAGGAAUAAAAAACAAACUGAUGUUUUACUUUAACCACUAACUGGAGAAUCAUAUAUUUUGUUUUUAGAUAUUUUUAAUGUCACUCCUUGGCUUAUGUUAAAUAAAAUAUGUAAAGUAUAAAAUAUAAUGAAUUGUUUUUAGAAUAUUGAACAAAACAUAAAAAAUAAAAAAAUCGCUAUUUUUCAUUUAAAUAUCCAAUUUUGUCGAAUUAGACCUUAAAUGUGUGUGAAAAAAUUAUGCAUUUGUGUUUUUUAAUUUUUAGGUUUUUGUAAAACAAAAAACUACUUAUUAUCCCUAAUUAUCUUGAGCUGUACACAUAUGAAGUUCAAACCUGUAAAUUGUAAUGACACACUUUAAGUUCACACCUAAAUACAUAAUUUCAUUUGAAAUAAAAAAUGAUACACAAACAACACUUAAAUAAGUAAAUAAUAGUUUUGUAUUUUUGUGUGUCAUAAUAAAUUAGUUAUUAUUAAUAUUAUAUUUUACUAGCUGUAUUCAUGCACUUUGUUGCCCGCAAAAAAAGGCAACUCUAAAAAAAAUGAUGAUUGUUCAACUCAUUUUGGGUGUGAAUCGUUGCAGUACGUGCACUCAUCCACCUCGGUAUAGGCAAUUUUGGAAAAUUUGAUUUGAUGGAAGCUUUUACCUGAUUUUAAUAAUGCACCUGAUAACCGAAUAACCUGUUCUGCCCGAAUAACCAAUGACAACCAAUAAUAAAUAAAUACUAAUUUCUAUUAAUUAUUUCUCGUAUAACCAAUAGCAACUAUUUAUAUACGAAAAUGUCCACCGUAAAUCUCAAAAUCCUCGUCUUAAUAGCUACCAGGGUGGCGGUAGGAUGGGGAAAAAUACUUUAACCUAUUCUCAUGCCUACCAAAUAUACAAAAAAAGUAAAAUCGGUCGAGCCGUUACGAACGAGUUCGUACACCAACACCGU